AUGAAGUAUACAUUCGUCUUUGCUGGUCUUGCUACCAGUGUCUUGGCUGCUACGGUCCCAAUUGAUAACUGGUCUACUUUGACCCCAACUGCUUCUGCUCCUUCAGGUGCAGUUACUGAUUAUCCCCUGACUUUUGGUAUUCAAGUUUCUACCAUUUCCAAGAAUAAGAGAGACGUAGUCAACCAAAUCACUGAUGGACAAAUCCAAAAGCAAAGUGGUACUUUAACUACAAAGACUGCCACUGCCAUUCAACAGAUUGGUGACGGUCAAAUACAACAUCAAACUACUGCCCCCGCCAUUCAACAAAUUGGUGAUGGUCAAAUACAACACCAAACUACUGCCCCCGCCAUUCAACAAAUUGGUGAUGGUCAAAUACAACACCAAACUACUGCCCCCGCCAUUCAACAAAUUGGUGAUGGCCAAAUACAACAUCAAACUACUGCCCCCGCCAUUCAACAAAUUGGUGAUGGUCAAAUUCAACACCAAACUACUACUGCCACUGGUGCUCAACAAAUCAGUGAUGGCCAAGUUCAACAACCAACUACUUUGACUACUAAGGUAAAGCCAAAUGCUAGUCAAGUUAGUGAUGGUCAAGUUCAAGCAUCAGGUUCUUUUUCAGAUAACUUUGCAAUUGGAUGUUUAACUGAGAAUACUUUAGCCAUGACAUUGAAGAACGGUGAAUUGAGAGACUCAAAGAAUAGAGUUGGUGCAAUUGUUGCCAACAGACAAUUCCAAUUCGAUGGUCCUCCACCACAAGCUGGUACCAUCUAUGCUGGUGGUUGGUCUAUUACUCCUGAUGGAUUUUUGGCUAUUGGUGACAGCAAAACAUUCUACCAAUGUUUGAGUGGUGACUUCUACAACUUGUAUGACAAGCUGAUUGGAGCUCAAUGUGUUCCUGUAUACUUGACUAUCAUUGAUUUAGUUCCUUGUUGA